AUGGGGUCUGAGGGCACUCUGCCAUUCGUGGGACGGGCUCAGCAGUUCGCAGCUUUGGUUCUGUCGUUUGGUUAUGGACGGUGUCUACGCUCCUUCGUAGGAGAGUGGGAUGGGAGGUUUCAGUGUGUCUUGGAAAAAAGAAGGACUUGGCAGAACCUCCCACGCUGUAAUUUAUGGCCAUGGCUCCUUGUUCGGUCACACGACACUACCUACCGAGCAGAACUUGGCUAUGGUCUCUGUAAGUACCGUUCUGGCAGAGAUCAGCCCUUGGCCUCUUUGUCGCCAGGAGAAGCAAGCCCAGCACCUUCAGACUCUCCAUUUAGGCCAUGUGCUCUUGGCCCUGAGCAUCUCAGCGACCCUCUACUGAACCUCCUUCAGGUUCUCCACACCGCUCUUGGAUCGGGCUUGAGUGAAAGACUGGAUUUCAGAUUUCAUGCCAGGUCGACUGAUAUACCUACUAGUCUAUUAGAAGAAUUAAGGACUGACCAUUUGGUGAGAAAUGCUUGCCAUAGCAAUCAUGAAAACUUAAUUUCUGAAGUUCUUGAAGCAAUAGAAAAUGUUAUUCAAGAUGUACUUAAAAGCCUGGCCCAAAAAAAAGCACCUGUUCUCACACUGGCUAACAGGUCAGAUUGGAGGAACAUAGAAUUUAAAGAUUCUGUAGGUCUACAGAUGACACCACAUUAUACUACAAAACAAAUAAGAAGUGACUGCCCUAGAUCAGCACCAAAAUUUGCUUUGAUGCUCAAAAUGCUAUCUAUGAUCUAUAAGAUGGUGCAGAGCAAUACUUAUGCAACUAAAAGAGAUAUAUAUUAUUCAGAUACACUACUGUUUGGUAGCCAAAGUGUUGUCGACAAUAUAAUCAGUGACAUUUCUUGCAUGCUUAAGAUACCUCGAAGAAGUCUACAUAUACUGUCUACAACUAAAGGUUUUGUUGCUGGUAAUUUAAGUUACACUGAGGAAGAUGGUACAAAAGUGAAUUGUACUUGCGGUGCAACAGCAGUCACUGUGCCAUCUAAUGUUCAAGGAAUUAAAAAUUUAAUCUCACAUGCUGAAUUUAUGUUAAUUGUAGAAAAAGAUGCAACUUUUCAGAGACUCCUGGAUGAUGACUUCUGCAAUAAAUUGUCCCCAUGUAUAAUGAUUACGGGAAGAGGUGUACCAGAUCUUAACACACGACUUUUGGUCAGAAAGCUGUGGGAUACUUUUCAAAUUCCUAUUUUCACCCUUAUGGAUGCAGAUCCACACGGUGUAGAAAUAAUGUGCAUCUACAAAUAUGGAUCUGUGUCAAUGUCUUUUGAGGCCCAUCAUCUCACCGUUCCAUCUAUAAAGUGGCUUGGUCUCCUUCCAUCUGAUCUUCAGAGAUUAAAUAUACGCAAAGAUGUCCUGAUUCCAUUUACAAAGCAAGAUCAAAAGAAGUUAGCAAGUAUACAAAAGAGACCUUACAUUGCUUGUCAGCCAACGUGGAAAAAAGAACUGGAAAUUAUGGCAGCAUCUAGACUGAAGGCUGAAAUUCAAGUUUUAACUUCUCUUUCAUCAGAUUACCUUUCCCGAGUCUAUUUACCAAACAAACUGCAAUUUGGUGGAUGGCUAUGA